UUUUAAAUUUGUGCUUCUAAAAGUUUCAUUAAAUUCAUUGUUUCGGUUUAUCGGUUCAGUUAAUUUUCAUCAUCUGUGAUUUAUUUCUAUCUUUUAAUCAAUGUUUAACUGUUACACUUGUGUUGACACUUGACGGAAAACCAAAGUGACCUAUUAACUGUCCUUAUAAAUAUAAUUUGUUGUUUGAUCAUCCAACUAGUAUGAUCUUAGUUGUUAACCCUCUUGGUUUUUGGUCAUUUUAUUUUUCUAUCCUUUUGUUUUUUAUAUAAAACAACUAAAAAUUUGAUUGAUGAUGAAGCUUGAUUUGGAUAAACCAUUUUUUGAUAAUCUAAAGGAAGGUGUUGAUUAUAUAGAAACAACUGUUCGAUCAUUGAAACAAGAAUCAGAGAAUGGAUUUCCAUCUUUAAAUGAACCGUUAAGUGACCAAGAGAUUGUUAGAAUAAACCAAUUUGAUGAUUCGGUUAAAGAAACGUUUGCUGAUGUGUCUACCCUAUUUAAUCUAUUGAUGAAACAUCCUUUCAAUUUGGAUGAUUUAGAUAAAAACAUUGAACAAUUGAAAAACAAGCUGAUUCAAUAUGAAAAUAAUUCUGGUUUCAAAGAAUUUGGUUACAAACCUUUUGUUUAUACUACACCCGAUAAAAAGAAACCCUCACCUUCACCAGUGGUUAAUGGUAAUAGUAAUGGUGAUAAUCAAGAUGAAACAAUUAAGCCAACCCUUGCCAAUUUAUUAAAAGACAAAGAGGUUGAUAAAUCUAAAUUGUUAAGGUCAACUUUUAAAGUUACUGGCCGUAAAAAUAUUGAUAAUAAACGGAAAAGUAUCAUUGAAGCAGCUAAAAUCCCGACCGCCCACAUGAAUUUACCAUCAAAUGUGUCAUCUCAUGAUGGGAAAAGAUAUCCAGUGAUGCCUUCUUCAUUUCUUGCCUCACCUAACGAUAAAGACGAUUCUCAAGAUGGUGUUUCUAUUAAAUAUAUUACUGGUUGUAAAUUAUCAUCAACAGGAAUUGGAGAUUCAACAAACAAUAGCUUCACAAAUAAUAGUAGUAUGACCGAUUCAACAAUUUCAAAUAAUAAGUAUGAUGCUUCUGAGGUUUUAGUUGAAUUUACUCCUGGUUUAAUGACAACUCGACCUAAGGUUAAAUCAAGACUUAAUGGAGCCAAUUUAAGGCCACCAUUAGAUUAUCGACCUGGAAAAUUUGGCAAUUUACGUAGUAGUAGUGAAGAUUCAAGAAGUGAUUCAAAUACAACACCAAACAAUCAUAAUAAUAGAACUUUCUUGAAAAAAGCUCGAACUCCUGAAUCUCCUGGUUUCCCCUGGUCUGCUGCAGCAAAUAAAAUCAAAAAUAGUAACAACACCUACCGAAUUAGUCCCGAACCUAGGGCAAACCUACGUUCUUUCGAGAAAUUAACGCCAGAAGAGCCUAAAUCACCUUCAGAAAUUAUAGCAAUUAAAAAACCGAUAACAGGAACACCCGAGAUGCCUUCAUGUAAUAUUGAUACAGCUUUACACCAACGAUUACUUGCUAAAGCCAAAACUCUACGUGAUAAUGUAUUUUAGUAGAAACACAAAAAAAAACAUUAUUUUAAUUACCACCAACUCCAUGAGAUUUUAUCUUCCAUCAUCAUCAUCAUCAUCAUCAUCAUCAUGCAUCCUCUUCAUAUCUACAAAAACAAGAAAAACAAAUUGAAUGAGAAUUUAAAUUUUCAUCACCAAAGAUUUAUAUUAUUUCAAACUACAAUCUCUUGUAUCUCUCUCUCACUCACUCUCUCUUUCUCUGUCUCUCUCUUAUAUUACCCUUGAGAUUAUGAAAACUGAUCCAUUGUUCAUAAAUUCAUACAAUUUACCAAUCAUUUUUAAUGAUAAUUAAAUGUUGAAAAUUGUUAAAAUCUAAA